AUGGACUCAAAUGUGCAGAAGAGACGUGAGAACAAGAAAUCGCUCCGCGUGAAAGUGAUCAGUCUUGGCAAUGCCGAGGUGGGCAAGAGCUGCAUCAUCAAGCGAUACUGUGAGAAGAGGUUUGUGCCCAAGUAUCUGGCCACCAUAGGGAUCGACUAUGGGGUCACCAAAGACCAGGUGCGAGACAGAGAGAUCAAGGUGAACAUCUUUGACAUGGCAGGACACCCCUUCUUCUAUGAGGUUUGUAAUGAGUUCUAUAAGGACAGCCAGGGGGUGGUGUUGGUGUAUGAUGUAAGUCUGAGGGAGAGUUUCGAUGCGUUGGACAGCUGGCUGGGGGAGAUGAAACAGGAGAUGGGUUCCAUGGUUAACAUGGAGAGCAUCGUCUUCGUUGUGUGUGCCAACAAGGUGGAUCUGAGUAAGCGUCGUGUAGUAGACGAGGGAGUGGGCAGGCUAUGGGCAGAGUCUAGAGGGUUCCACUACUUUGAGACGUCAGCACAGAGCGGUGAGGGCAUCAGUGAGAUGUUUCAGGCGUUUUUCUCCUCGAUAACGGACAUGUGUGAGAAUGGUGGGAAGCGCCCGGUUGCGGAGGUCACUGUCGGCUUCACCAAGGAGCAGGCCGACACCAUCCGACGCAUACGCAACAGCAAGGACUCCUGGGAUAUGCUGGGGGUAAAACCUGGAGCCACACGGGAGGAGGUUAACAAGGCAUACAGGAAGCUGGCUGUGCUGCUCCAUCCGGAUAAGUGCGUUGCCCCGGGCAGCGAGGAUGCUUUCAAGGCCGUGGUGAACGCUCGCACCUCCUUGCUCAAGAACAUCAAGUAGACACCGCCAACCAACGCCAGCUAGGGCAACCUGACCCCUCACCCCUAGAACGUCAUUAGCCUUUUCUACCCUCUCCUAAUCCCUUCUCAUAAACCUUCCCUGAUCUCCAACCCUCCCACCAGGUGCCAUUACAUUUUGCCACAACAGUGUUUUAUAAAGUCACUACUGAUGAUGUGCCGCAGCAACUCUUGUCUCUCCGUAAGGAAGACUUAUCAACGCUCUAAACUGUCAUUUUUCAAACACUGCAGAGAGACGUCAAUGGAAGACCUGGUUAGUCAUUAAACUCGGUCCUAACCUGUAAGGCCGGGAAGGCGAUAUUGUCACAAUACUUAGGUGCCGAUACGAUAUGAAAACAAGU